AUGAAAGAAUAUUGGACUUCUCUAGCCUCAAUUCUCGGCGUAUUCGCUUUCUGUCAAACAAUACUCCAAACCGUUUUCCCACCAGAGCUUCGUUUCGCUACAGCCAAACUCUUGAACAAAAUCUUCAACUGUUUCUCAUCCUACUGUUACUUCGAAAUCACCGAAAUCGACGGCGUUAACACCAACGAACUCUACAACGCCGUCCAGCUUUACCUAAGCUCCUCCGUCUCAAUCACCGGCAACCGUUUAAGCCUAACACGCGCCGUCAACUCCAGCGCCUUCACCUUCGGCCUCGCAAACAAUGACAGCAUCGUUGACACGUUCAACGGCGUCAACGUCGUCUGGGAGCACGUCGUCACUCAGAGAAACUCUCAGACAUUCUCAUGGCGUCCGUUACCAGACGAAAAACGUGGGUUCACUCUUCGGAUUAAGAAGAAAGACAAAUGUUUGAUCCUGAACAAUUAUUUGGAUUACAUUAUGGAGAAAGCGAGUGAUAUUCGGAGGAAAAAUCAGGAUCGUUUGUUGUAUACGAAUUCUCGAGGUGGAUCGUUGGAUUCUAGAGGCCAUCCAUGGGAAUCUGUGCCGUUUAAACAUCCAAGCACUUUUGAUACAUUGGCUAUGGAUCCUGAGAAAAAGCAAGAGAUUAUGAAUGAUCUUGAAGAUUUUGCUAAUGGACAAGGGUUUUAUCAUAAAACUGGUAGGGCUUGGAAGAGAGGUUAUCUUCUUUAUGGGCCACCGGGAACUGGAAAAUCUAGCAUGAUUGCUGCUAUGGCUAAUUUUCUUGGUUAUGAUAUUUAUGACCUGGAGUUAACUGAAGUCCAUAAUAAUUCUGAACUGAGAAAGCUUCUCAUGAAGACGAGUUCGAAAUCUAUUAUUGUUAUUGAGGAUAUUGAUUGUUCUAUUAACCUCACUAAUAGAAAAAACAAUAAAAACAAUGUUUUGAGUUCGAGUUCGGGUUCGGGUUUGGGUUGUUCUAGAAGUUAUUAUGAGUCUGGUUUAGGUGAGAUCAGAGGUGGUGCUGGUGGUGGUGAAGAGAAUGGGAAUUCGAUAACUCUUUCUGGGUUGUUGAAUUUUACUGAUGGGUUAUGGUCAUGUUGCGGGAGUGAGAGGAUAUUUGUGUUUACUACAAACCACAUUGAGAAGCUUGAUCCUGCUUUGUUGAGGAGUGGGAGAAUGGAUAUGCAUAUUUUCAUGAGUUAUUGUUCUAUGCAAGCUUUGAAGAUAUUGUUGAAGAAUUACUUGGGGUGUGAGGAAGGUGUUGAUUUGGAUGAGUAUGUUAUGAAGGAGUUGGAGGAGGUUAUUGGAAUGGCGAGGAUGACACCGGCGGAUAUAAGUGAGGUUUUGAUCAAGAAUCGGAGGAAGAAGGAGAGAGCUGUGGAUGAGUUGUUGGAGAUUUUCAAGGUGAGAGCAAAGAAGAAUGGGAAAAAUGGUGAAGGAGAUGAAGAUGAUGAUGAGGAGGAAGAGGAACAAGAGAAAAGGGCACUUGAUAGUGAUAGUCCUAAACAAGAAUCUGAGGUUGAAGAUGAUUGCAAGGAAGCUUCGGAGGAAGAAGAGAAAAUUAAGUGA